AUGACUGGCAGGAAAACUUCGACCGACAACUCUACUCCCGACUUGCUCCUGGUUCCUCCUCAUCUGAAGACGACCGCUUCAGUAACACCAGACAACUUGGAAGGGAACAUCGAUCAGGGCGACGAGGAGAGGUGGACGAUAGUACCGCAGGGUGUGACCGAUGUAGUCCACGCACUGCAGACGAGUAUGCUCAUUCGGCUGCGACGGCCCCCGCCGGACGUUUUCUCGCACUUCAGUGUUCUAGCGCAGAAGAAUGGACCCAUCGACGUUCACAAGCUUACGAAGUGGCUUAAGUACGUCGAUUCGUACAGGAAAGUGAAGACCUAUGACGUUGCUGAUGAAGUGAAGCUUCUGGUGGAUAUGUGCGGGGAAGAGAACCUGGUGGAAUCUCUAUUUUGUCUUUCAAGCGUCUCUAGCAUGCACCAUCGCGCUAACGCCUUGCUACGAGAACUGGACGUGACAUACUCAGAGGCGUGGAAGAUGGCAAAAUCGAGGUGGCUAGCGGCUGAUGUGGACCCUUCGCAUGUCUACCCUUUGAUGCCCGUUGGAGCGACAGAAACACUUGCAAGUGCUGACGGAAAAAAUGCGUUCAUGCAGUGGAUUGCGUACGUCGACGAGUUCAACCAGGUCAGUCCAACACGCUUCUACGGCACAGUUUAUGUCGUUGUCUUCUUAUUGGAGCAUCGACCAACAAAAGAGCUAGCAGAACUAUUCCAUUUGCUUCGAGGCGCCCCCCACAUGGAGAAGCGUGCUGACGAAUGGCAACGCAUACUAGCCGUAAUGCAUCCGGAAAUCGUGAAGGAAAUGGAACCUUUGUGGCUGGCAUCAAAGAUGACCCUAGAGGAGGUCUAUGGCUUAUUGCCGAUUGCGCUCAAAAAAACACUCGUUUUUGACGUCGUAAACGAGCCGACGUGGCUCCCUGUCCGGAAUGAGCUGAAGCGGUUGCUAGAUUAUAUGGAAAAGUACAACGCCGAAGGAAUGAAGGAAAGAAUCACUUAUUCUGACGAUGAUUUGUUCAAGCUGCUAAUGCGUGAGAGAACACCUUGGGAGCUGGCCGAAUUCUUCCAUUGGCUUCGAGGCGUCGACGGCAUGCAGAACCGAGCUGAAAGUUGGCUAGAGCAGCUAGCUGACAAACACCCAGAAGUCGCUGGAAAGUUGCUGGAUGUGUGGCUGGAGAGACGUACGGACCCUGGGGAAGUCUUCGAAUCAAUGCCCAAAGAGAUGCGUGCCAGUCUUGCCACUUCAUCCCAAACGAAGAAAAAUCGCAAAUUUAUUCUGCUCAUGCAAUGGCUCAGGUAUAUUGAAAAAUUCAACAACCCUCAUGACCCUCAAGGCGUUGCGACUCGCCGGUUUGGUGACGAUGCUGUACUUGCACUGCUGGGCAAAACAAACACUCCGGAUGAGCUGAUGGAUUUUUUUCGUCGGCUCCAAUCGGAUAAGCACAUGAAACGUGUCGCUGUAAGACUACAGCAAUCUUCGCGCCAGUUACUAGAAGCUGCAAAACGGACUUCCUAG